UGUGUUAAUUUUUUACAAAUUCCUUGGAAUGACAUUAUAUUCCCAUAUAUUCUUCGAUACCUUUCGUGGAGAGACUUAUUUAGGUUGAGAUCUGUUUCGCAGACGACUCUUCAGAUGACGAGCGAAUACUUCAGUACUCUGUCUGUCAUAGACUUGUGUUCAGUGAAGAAAGAAUUCACUACUAAUUCAUUUCACAUCAUUUCCAAAGACUGCAAAAACAUACGGAUUCUGAAUCUGUCUUAUUGUAAAUGGAUUUGCAGUUCACUAUUACUUCGUGUCAUUCAAUGCAACCCUAAUGUCGUGGUUGUGGACAUCUCUGGCUGUUAUGAACUCACUAAUGAUAUUCUUCACAAAUUGGCCUCAAAUUGUAAAUCAUUGAAAACAUUGAAACUGAAAGACUGUCAUUGGGUUAACGGCGACGCCAUCACUGAUAUUGGGCUCAAUUGCACUCAACUCGAAGACAUCAAUCUCGGCAGCUGUUGGGAAGUGUCCGACGACUCGGCCAUCGAUCUCAUCCAAAAUUGUCAUAAUUUAAGACAACUUUCGCUCUCAAAAAUCUAUGGCAUAACUGACAGAACAUUAUUCGCUUUGGCAUCAAAUGCUAAACAUCUCCAAUAUCUGGACGUUUCCGGCUGUUGGAGAAUAACCGACUAUGGGAUCAGGAAAAUCGCUGAAUAUUGCAGUGAAUUAUUUUACCUAAAAGUGGGCGAUUGUCGGGAUGUGACCGAAAGAAGUCUCUCCUAUUUGGAAGAGAAGGAUAUUUUUGUGGAAACCCCAGCGAAGAACCGAUGCCUCCGCUCUUAUAACCAUAACUACAAGAUUUGGCUUCAAGUCUAAACUUGUCGCUCAAUUUUGGCAUUUGUUUUGAUACCAAUU